GUGCCAACACACAGCAAGCGUCGGCCGUUUAUAUGCGGCCCGGCAAGCCAUCGGAUCGCGUAUUACUGUCGAAGUCUUCGCUGGUUGAGGAUCAUCGUCACAGCAAUCGUGUUGUCUCCUGCAUCGUCUGUCAGUGUAUCUCAUUAACUGUGUUUGUGUUUGAAUCUCCAAUCUCCACUAAUCAUCAUGGAUUUCUAUUACCUACCCGGAUCUGCCCCGUGCCGUGCCGUCCAGAUGACGGCGGCCGCCGUUGGCGUUGAGCUGAACCUGAAGCUCACCGACCUGAUGAAGGGCGAGCACAUGAAGCCGGAGUUCCUGAAGCUAAACCCGCAACACUGCAUUCCGACGCUGGUCGAUGAGGACGGGUUCGUGCUGUGGGAGUCGCGUGCAAUCCAGAUCUAUCUCGUCGAGAAGUACUGCGCCCACGAUCCAGCCCUCGCAGAACGGCUGUAUCCGGGUGAUCCGCGCCGCCGUGCUGUCGUUCACCAGCGACUGUUCUUUGAUGUGGCCAUACUGUAUCAACGUUUUGCCGAGUACUACUAUCCGCAGAUCUUUGGCAAGAAGGUCGCCGGCGAUCCGGAUCGGCUGCGUUCGAUGGAGCAGGCGCUCGAGUUUCUCAACACCUUUCUCGAGGGCGAGCGGUUCGUCGCGGGCGGAGAUGAUCCAACCAUUGCGGAUUUCAGCAUUUUGGCCUCGAUUGCAACGUUCGAAGCUGCCGGGUACGAUCUGCGGCGAUAUGAAAACAUCCACCGAUGGUACGAGCAGACCGGCAAUAUAGUACCGGCUGCUGAUAAGAACUUGGCGGGAGCAAAAAUUUUUGGGCUCUAUUUCAGACAAAAAUAAUUGGGCGGCUUGGGUCGCACGGCUUGUACGCUGGCUUGCUGUGCUCUGUACACCGCCUGUUUUCCUAUCUCUUGUCUCUUGAUUCAUUACACAUCGGCUUUCAUUUCUUAUCAUGCUGUUGCUUUCGCUGGUCUUGUAGUUACUGUCGGACCAACACAAUGCAGCUUCCUAUCUCGAACUUCCGUUUGAUCUCGUGUGUGUCAAUAUUGCUCAAAUUUGGAUUCUCUUUGGCGUACAAUGAAGUUGAUUAAACAAUUGUUUGUGUUAUGUCUCUCCGAUAGUACAAAUUGAGUGCAAUUCCGAAUAGAUGAUUAAAAUUAUUCCUUAUCAAUUGGCUUGUUUUUUCUUUAUUUACGCUCUGGUUAACGUGUGACGCAUCCUGGAUGCUGUAAACUCCUCCUGCCCACUACCAACCCCACGUCACUCCCAAAUUCCUAACCUAGAUUAACCCACAACACUGCAUUCCAACGCUGGUCGACAAUGGAUUCGCCCUGUGGGAGUCCCGCGCUAUCUGUACUUAUCUGGCGGAGAAGUACGGCAAGGACGACAAGCUGUACCCCAAGGACCCGCAGAAGCGUGCCGUAGUAAACCAGCGAAUGUACUUCGACAUGGGCACUCUAUACCAGCGCUUCGCAGACUAUUACUAUCCUCAAAUCUUCGCCAAGCAGCCGGCCAAUCCAGAAAAUGAACAGAAGAUGAAGGAUGCGGUCGGCUUUCUGAACAGCUUCCUGGACGGGCACAAGUACGUGGCAGGUGAUAGUCUCACGAUUGCCGACCUGUCCAUCUUGGCCACAAUCUCGACGUACGAUGUAGCCGGGUUCGACUUGGCCAAGUACCAACACGUCGCUGCGUGGUACGAAAACAUUCGCAAGGAAGCGCCCGGCGCCGCGAUUAACCAGGCUGGCAUUGAGGAGUUCAAGAAGUACUUUGAGAAGUAAACCGGUUCAACGCUUGUUAAGUUGGUGACAUCUACGGGUUGGAGUGUUGUUGUUUUAACAUGUAUUUACAAUAAAAAUGAAAAGUCUGUCUGUUUGAUUUUUCAUCUUGUUUAACACCAA